CUCAGAGGAAGCUGAGAAGCCUCAAGUGACGCAACGAGCGACGCAUCGACCCCUGACUUACCAUGGCUCCCAAGACCGCGGCAAAGGCUGAGGCCAAACCAAAGGCUAAGGCUGACGCGAAGGCAAAGGGCAAGGCCAAGGCAAAGAAGGAGGAGAUGCCAGCGGAGGAGGAGAAGAACAAGGUGCCACAGCCUGACCGUACUGAGCAUGAUGCGAAGGUUCAGAAGGUUCAAGACGAGAUCGACAAACUCACCAAGAAACAGAAGGAGAUGUCGGAGAAGAUCAAGCAGCGUUCCAGUGGCAAGGAGGACUUCUAUGCCAAGAAGGCCGAGCUGCGUGCGCAAUUGGAUGAACUCACCGGCAAGAUGGAUGAGUUGCAGGCAAGGAAGGAGGACAUCGAAAAGGCCGUGGGCAACAAACGUGAGGAGGGACGUGAGAUGCGCUCCCAGCUGAACACCAUGAAGAAGACCAUCGGCUACAACAGCGAGCAGGAGAUCGACAACCGCAUCGCCAGCAUCGAGUUUCAGCUCUGCACUGAGUCUGUGCCCCUGAAGGAAGAGAAGAAACUCCUCGAGGAGAUCAAGCAGCUGAAGAAGAACCGCUCCAAGGUGAAUCAAGUCCAGCAGAUGGAGCAGAACCUGUCCAACUUCGAUCCAGGCAUGUCCAUGAAGGAGCAGAAACAGGCCAUCAGCCAGGAGAUGCAGAGCUAUCGCGAGGAGAAGAAGAAGAUCCAGGAGAAGAUGACCGAGCUGCAGAAAGAGCGCCAGGCUCAGUUGGGCGAUGUGUCUGGAGAUAUCGAGAAGCGCGAUGCCCUGAGCAAGGAGAUUCAGGACAAGAUCAAGGAGCGCAAUGAGAUCAGGGAUGAGUUCCGCCAGAAGGAGCGUGAGUACAACGCUUACCAGGCUGAGUUGAAGAAAGCCCGACAGGAGAAGAUCCUGGCCGAGAAGGCAGAACGCCAGAAGGAGAUCGACCGGCGCCGCAAGGAACGCAAGGCUGAAGAGUUGGACACCCAGCCCUACAUCUCUGAGAUCACCCUCAUUGAGCAGACCAUCCUCUUCUGCAAGAACCUGGUCCAGACCAAGACCGAAGACAAGAAGGAUGAGAAGAAGGAGGUCGUGCACAACACAAAGGAAGGUGAAGAGGUUCUUCUUCGCAAGGAGGAAAGAGAGGAGGAGUUUUACUUCGCACCUACUAAGGGCAAGAAGAGCAAGAGCAAGAGCAAGAGCAGCGACAGCGCUCCUGCGGCCAAGCCCAUUCGUCACAACGCGGGAACCUUCAGCCUCUUCAAGCAGCUGGACCUGGAUGCCCCGAUGUCCACCGAGGAGGUGCCGGCCUUGAUCGAGAAGUUGGAAGGGAUGUUGGAGGACUACAAGGUGAAGGUGAAGGAAUGGGAGGAGACGCGUGAGGAGCAGAAGCGCCGUAUCCUGGAAGGCUUGGAAGAGGUCGAAGAGAAGAAGCCGGCCCCUGCCGAGGAGGCCCCUGAGGAGACCAAGGAAGAGGCGAAGGAAGAAGCCACGGAAGAGUGAGAUUUUGAUCCAUCCAGUGUCAGGUGGUUAGAUGUGUCUCAGACGGAGGGUGGUGGUCGUUUGAACCAAGCGACGUUACUAACAGAUGUCACAGCGCUGGACCCCCUCGCACGUUGCCAAAUCUUGAGGCGAAAAAA